AUGGGACUGAUUCGUGAUCUCAUCGGUGCAGGUCUUGGUUCCGACCAAGUGAACAAUGGCUUCAACGGGCCUAAGUUGCCCUUUGCGAACAAAAUCAACCGCACAUCGCUGUCACCGUCCUCUCGCCAGAAAUUGGUUUCUGACGCCCGAUAUCAGGAUGAGAGGAGACCGUACUCACCAGAUGAUAUGCAGAGAGGAAUGAUAAGACAGCAGAGGUACAUUGGUGAUCAAGAUCGAGCCCCGGUGCUACCACCCCGUUAUGAGCCUCCUGCAUAUGAAAGCGGCCCUCGAGAAUGGUACCAAGGACAGUCUUACGAUGGCCAACCUUGUGAUGGACAACAAUAUUAUAAGCGUCGCGCUGUCACAGACAUGAGGUGUCCUAGGGACGCCAAAUUUCGCCCAAUCGCGCUGCCCCAGCUUUCUUAUGGAGAUGGCCAACCUUUCCUUCGGGGAUAUUCAAAUGAUCUGGUGCGAUAUGGGAUCUCUGAAGGCGAAUUUAUUCGACUGGUUGAUGCCAUUAACGUCGCCAUCAUUCCCAAUCCCGAGAAUCAAAUUUUCCAGAAGGGAGCAAACAUUGCUGGCUGGUUUAUACCUGGUGCCGCUUCAGUCGCUCUCACAGUCGGACAAAUCGGUAUCGGAAUCGGCGCAGCAGCUGGUCACGCUUCUAUGGUCGCCAAGCACCUUUCAAAGGCCAAUCUUGAUUUGUUCCUACCUAGUGGUCUGGAGAUAUGUAUUGGAAAGACGAAAGAUGUCGACGAAGUGCUCGGUCUUUGUUCAUCAACUGCACGACCUCAAUCUCUACAUAGUGUAUCGCCAGAGGAGAGACGCGCACAAUAUGGUGACUUGGUUGCACCUCUCUCUCGAGUGUUGUCACCAUUGGAACAGAGAGGUCGUAGUGACCCUAUUGCCAUGCUGGGGCGGGGUAUCGCCAGUCGAGGCGAUCAAAAGAAAAUGCAAAAAGUGCAAAAGGAGCUCUCAAAAGGAAGGGGCAAAACCAAGAACCUUGAUGCCUUGGAAGGAGGAUUGAAAUGGCUCAUCGUUCGGGAAGCUUCCGCAAACGCAGUGGCUCACUGGGAGCAAACUCUUGAUCAAAGCAAUGCUGCCCUACAGCAAGAGGCAAGGGUAGCUGAGCAGCGCAGAUAG